GAUCGACCGGCGGCAAAUACAGUGGUCACAUUAUGUUGAGCUGGUGUUGAUCAAGGCUCAUAUCUAGCUCGUGUUUAGAGCUUCAUCAUACACAACCAGGCACACUGAGAUGAUCAGCAAGGAGAUCGUGAUUUCAUGGUUUAAGGGGCUUUCUGGAGAUGAUCGUAUCGAUUUAAUGUGCCUUUUGGUUGACUACUGCCUUCCCUCCGAACUUCGCUUCAUCGGCACUUAUCUGGAAGCCGCGGCACAGAAGGAUUACUAUGGCUUUCGGACAUACGAGAGCGCAGCUAAUAACCCAACAGAUCUAAGUUAUAUGUAUCUUUUAGAAGAUCCGAUCAUUCGCAGGAGACUUUGUUUGUACAUUGCUCUUUUGCAUUCGAGCAAUCGACAAGCCGCGGCGGUAUUAUUUGGAAUACUCAACGACUUCCAUCCCUCAGGCCUUCUGGACGAAGAGGUUUUGACGGAACUAUCGCUUCUUUAUACCCUGACCUCCAAUCAUCCAGCGUUUUCAUUUCAUCAGAAACAUGUACUGCGAUCGAAGCUCAAGGUUUUACGAAUGCAGUCAGUUACUACCACUUCAGACCUUGGAGAGACCGUGUCAGACUGCAGUACUGGUAGUUCUCCCUUUUUACUCGACGCUGAAUCACAAUCAUUUUCCCCGGCCGAGAGCCCUGUUUCUUCAAACUCGUCUGGUCUCGAUACAAACGAAGAUGAAGAACUAGAGGUGGUGGAACCCGCAAAAUCAGAGGAGAAGAAGGAAGAGUUACCCGCGAUUCCAGAAAAUCCCCCCAAAGUUUAUGUUAAAGAAAUCAAGGUAUUAAAUAUUCAAAAGAAAGGAGAAACCAAACAAAAGCACGAGUCAAAGAAAAAAGAAGAUUAUGAGUACGUCAUUGAAGUCACUUGGUCUGAUGAUGCGAAUGAUAAAAUUCACAGAUCGUAUGAAGAAAUGUUUGAUUUUCAAUGCAAACUUCGCAAGAUGUAUCCAAACAAAGUCGAUGAAAAUGGUCAGCCCUGGAAACUUCCAUUCCUACCAGGAAGAAUAAGAAUUUUUAACAAGGCUGAACACAAAGGAGAACGAACACCAAUCCCUGACAUUGGUGACUAUGCACGCUUGUUCGCCUCGCUACCAAAGUUUGUUCGUGGCUGUGAACAUGUUUUAAAUUUCUUCCAUAACAACGAAAAGUCAAAAAACCGCGAAAAGAAGUCCAAAAGCGCCAAAAAGGAGGAGAAAGCAAAGGCGAAACAGGAUUCACUCAAAAACAACAAACAAAACGACACCAAAUCGAACGAUAACAAACCAAGCGAAACAACCUCAACAGAAAUCGAAAAAAACCCUUCAUCAGGCGAAAAAGGAGUCUCAGACUCGACAACAAAGCAAACUGUGGAGAAUUCGGAACAAAUAAUCGACAAGGAAAAACAGAAAGAACUUGACAAUAUAAUAGAGACGUUAAAACAAGAGGAUUCAGGGAAAUCACUUGAUUGGAGCGAAAUUGUAGACUAUAACGAUAACUACAUCACCUCAUCAAUGAAUGGCGACAUUGCUGCUGAAGACAAGCUAACUGAUCUCGACACAGUGGUUUCCGUGACCAACUAUAUGGAGGGCAAAAAUGGCAUAAUUAAACUGAACUCUUUGCAAAAGUCGACCUCGUCUGUAUCGCCCCCAGUCGGUCCAGUAAUAACCACUACACAAGCAUCCAACACCAAUCUCUACCCCAUCAACUCCACUUUUCUAUAUACCUCACAAAACAACAACUUGAACUUCUCCAAUCCUGGCCUUCAAAACUCUCAUUCAUCACUUAACGCUUCUUCGAGUAUUACCAACACCUUCAUGCCUUUACAUCCAUUUGUUGUUCGUUCAUCAAUCAGUGCACCCGUCGCAACUCCCAUUGAAUCAUCCCCCAUGUUCCCAUCAUAUUCCCAUUCAUUUAAUCGUCGUUCAAGCACCGGCAGUUGGACCUUCCGUACACCUGCCUGUUCACUAACGGUACAAGACUGGCUGAAGAACUUGAGGUUACAUAAGUACUCCGAGACAUUCAAAGGAAAGACGUUCAACGAGAUUUUAAAGCUCAGUGAUAAAGAGUUUGAAAAACUCGGAAUGACAAUUGGCGCAAGACGUAAACUUCGAGUCAACUUAGAAAUACUAAGAAAGAGGGGUUGUUUCAGUUCAGACGGGCUAAGAGUCCUGGACGUUCUUCCUGUUUCUCCCUCGUCGUACCACGCACCUGUCAUAUCAACUUCUUCAUCCUUCAAUGGCAAUGGGUACCCCUGUGGUGGUUACUGCUCCGACACUGACUUCGUGAGAGGAAUGAGUGAAAGCGACAGUGCCAGCGAGUGUGGCAGUGAUAUUCUUUCUGAAUCCUAUCCACAGGCCAAAUACAAUGGCUUUGUUCCUUUUAAGACUACAACACCUAAUGGAUGUCGUUUAUCAUGUUAUAACUGUGGUAGCCUGGGUCACGUGGGGGGUCAAUGCAUGGCACCAAAUAUGGAAAAACGUCUAAACUGUAGCUACCGUUUAAAAUUCGAUGGAGUACAUACAUAGUGGAUCCUGGAAGCAUAAUGUCAACGGUUGCCAGAUGAAUAAGCAUAAAGGAAAGAAAAUCUUGUUUUGACAACUAUGUUUUUGCAAGAAGCCCUAAUUUUCUAGUAAAGAAUGAUAAACUUGAUCGAAUUCAUGACAGCAGCUGGGAGACACAUCAACGAAAGGUGUUGUAAUUGCUGCAUGUCCUAAACGAUUUUAUAGCCUUUUUUACCCACCACAUUCAAGACUCCAAAACUCGAGAAACUGGAUCAGUAAUGUCCCCAAAAGCAACACUUGCAUUCAAUUUGUAGUUUAUAAAUGAGACUAAAAGGGA